AUAAACCAACUCUUAGAUCUCAAAACCCUUAUAUUGGCUUCCCCUCCAAUGGGGGUCGAAGCGGCUGUUUGUUCAUCAGAUCACCAAUCACGGUCGCCAAAUCAAACAGCAAGAGUGAUUAUCACGAUGAUAGAAAGCUCUUUACGCCAUUAAAAAUGGCGGCAGGAGCAUCCCUAGCACUAGCUUGCGCCUUAAGUAUCUUCGGGUUUAAGAUAAAGAAUAUGAGCUACACUGCUGCCGCAGCUGCCCAUCCAAGCGCCGCCGACAUGAUCAUAUCCGGGAAGCCGACUUCAGCCGUAUCCGCUACUUCCGGUAUGUAUCCUUUGCCAGCUAAGUUUGCAUUGCGGUCUCUCUUUGAAGUAAGCUCAAUGCUUGCUUCGGCUAAACCAAUUCCUUCUCAAAGGCCAUUUAAUCUUCACAAGCUCCCUUCUUUGCCUUCAAAGGAAGAUAUUGAUUCCAUUAAGAUGGAGGCGGUACGGAAGAUGAAGGAAGGAAAAUGUGAGGAGGCGGUGCAGCUCCUUCGUGACGCAAACAUGCGAUACAAAAACGAGCCUGAGGCCGACUUCAACGUGCAGAUGGCUCUUGUUGAGAUUUUAAUAUUGCUGGAAAGGUAUCAAGAAGCUGCUGAGUAUAGUUGUCUAAAUGACGAGAAUGCUCAGAUUUCUGAUGUUCGGAUCCCUCUUUAUAAGGCAAUUAUAUACACGAUGCUAGACAAAGAUACUGAAGCCAAGCAGUGUUGGAAAGAGUUCAGAAAAUCUAUUGGUGAAGGAUUUGACCCUUUCAGCUUCGAAGAAUAAUUAAUACUUUUAGAUCGAUUUAUUACCUAAAAUUAAUUAUUGUCAUCCCUAAAAACAUUUUUACCACCAGCAACUAGUGGUGAAUAAAUUAAAAAAAUGUUC